CUGCGAGUUCCAGACGAGAGUUGUCAAAAGCUCCGUUCAAAGUUGUGUUUUCAUAAUACACUGUGCGCUAUGGCAUACAGUAGAACAAAUGUACACAGGUUUCAGGCUAUUUAAAUUAUACAGAUUAUAAGAAUUUAUUAAUUAAUUAGCCGUGUGUUACCGUACAGUGACAAGUAACAUCGAAAACAAUGUCGACAUCAGAACCACUUGCGAUCGUGCAAUCAAAGUUUGUCUCCGGUGAGACUGUCAUAACUGCGACUGAAGCUUCGUUAAUACAAGGAUGGAUAAAAUCUACAAGAUAUGUUGCACUCAUCUACAAAGGUUCUACUCAUGCUUUAGCAAUUUUCCUCACUUCAAAGACGCCUCCGCAAGUGUACAGUGAUCUUACUCUUGAAGGAAUAUUGCCCAUUGAUCAAGAUUUCAAAUAUAUAAUAGAUACCAAUGGAGAAGCACAGGAUGGUCUUGAUGUAUACAUGAAUAUUGCUUCAAGAAAACUUCGUCUGAUAUUUGAAAUGAAGCUGGGAGAAGCAACAAGUUCCUUAGUAUCAGAAAUAUUCCGUGCAAUAGAAGUAUAUCAAACAACUAAAAGUCCAGCAUCAGAAUUCUCAUGGAUUGAAAAGUUGACAAGAAGUACAAGAAGUUUAGCAACUACAGAUAAAGAUGUAGAUGCUGCUGACUAUUUGCUCAACCUUGAGAGUCCUGAUUUUGUAGUGCCAAAACCAUGCAUCGCUUCGGGUAGAUCGCCGGUAGCUACAAGAGAGUCAGUAGUACGAUACCAGAUGGCCUGUAAAGAAGAUGAUUAUAUGUAUAGCAAAACAUUCCGUAUUCUUACUUGCACAUGGAAUGUGAAUGGACAACCCCCAAAUGGCAUUAAAUUAGAUCAAUGGUUAAGCUCCGAUGAAACACCACCGGAUAUAUACGCUAUCGGAUUUCAAGAAUUAGAUUUAAGUAAGGAAGCAUUCCUAUUUCACGAAACUCCCAGAGAAGAAGAGUGGAGACAAGUUGUAGUUAAUUCGUUGCAUCCUGGAGGUGUCUAUACUCAAGUUGCUCUCGUCAGAUUAGUAGGUAUGAUGUUGCUGGUGUAUGCGCUUGAGCCUCACAUACCUUUCAUUGAAUACAGUACCGACACAGUAGGUACAGGCAUUAUGGGAAAGUUGGGUAACAAGGGUGGUGUCGCGGUAAGCUGUCGUAUUCACAAUACCUCCAUCUGCUUUGUCAAUGCUCACCUGGCAGCACACUGUGAAGAAUUUGAACGACGUAAUCAGGAUUACGCUGACAUCUGCGCGAGAUUGUCGUUCGCAAAAUUUGUACCACCUAAGAGUUUUAAGGAUCACGACCAGAUUUAUUGGCUGGGAGACUUAAAUUAUCGAAUAACAGAGAUGGAUGUUAACGUGGCUAAGCAUCACAUCGCGGAAGGCAAUUAUUCUCCCGUUUUGACGUACGAUCAGCUUGGACAGCAACGCAAAGCAGGACGUGUGUUUCAUGGAUUUCACGAAGCUGAGAUCGAUUUUAAACCGACGUACAAAUACGAUCCUGGUACCGACAAUUGGGAUUCGAGCGAGAAAUGCAGAGCCCCAGCUUGGUGUGAUCGAGUACUGUGGAAAGGAGACGCGAUAAAGUCGAUUAGCUACAAGAGUUACAUGGAACUCAAGAUAUCCGAUCACAAGCCGGUCAGCGCAAGUUUCGAUUCGCAGAUACGAAUUAUAGACACGGCCAAGUAUCGUAAGAUUCACGAGGAAGUGAUGAAGAAGCUCGAUAAAUUGGAGAACGAAUUUUUGCCACAAGUGAUGGUCGAUACGACGGAUAUUAUCUUUGACGUUUUGAAGUUCCUUGAGCCCAGUAGCAAAGAGCUCAUCAUCGCUAACACAGGCCAAGUGCCAGUGCAAUUCGAAUUCAUAAAGAAGUUAGACGAUACCAGUUACUGUAAGGAUUGGCUACACAUUGAGCCUUAUACAGGCUUUAUAAAACCAGGUGAAAAGUGUGAUAUUAAACUGAAAGUAUACGUGGAUAAAAAAACCGCGUGUAAGCUCAACUCCGGUGAAGAUAAGUUGUAUGAUAUUUUAGUGUUACAUCUUGAGGGAGGCAAAGAUAUUUUCAUCACUGUAACAGGUACUUACGAAAGAAGUUGCUUUGGAUCUUCUAUGGAAGCGUUGGUUCACAUUUCAGUUCCAAUCAGAGAAAUUCCUAUUGGACGAUUAAUGGAAUUGGAGAACAACAAGAAUCCGUCGCAGGAACCGUAUGCAGUACCCAAGGAAAUAUGGCACUUGGUGGAUAGGCUAUAUCGACACGGCAUUAAAACCCCGGGACUUUUCGAAACGCCCGGUCUUCAUAGUGAGGUAAUAACCAUUCGAGACUGGCUGGACGAGUGGAGUCAGGACCCGAUGCCUGGCAGUGUGCACUCGGUAGCGGAGGCAUUGCUGCUGCUUUUAGAAUCCACAGCUGAACCCCUGAUACCGUACAACCUACACAAUAUUUGCCUGUCUGCGGCACUCAAUUAUUUGCAGUGCAAACAAAUUGUAAUGCAGUUACCCGAGACUAGAAGAACGGUCUUUCUCUACAUCUGCUCGUUUUUGCAAGAGUUACUGAAUCAUACGCAAGAUAACGAACUCGACGCUAAGACGCUCGCGACGUUGUUUGGGUCGAUAUUCUUGAGAGACCCGCCACGAAGCAGGGACGAUCGUCACCAGAGGAGUCGCGCGGUUCAAAUCACAUUCGAUAAGAAGAAGGCUGCGUUCGUCUAUCACUUCCUAGUACACGACCAAAGUGAUUUUAUACUGGGCCGAUAAUGCGGACGCGAGCUUGAUAGCAAGACACUAGUGACAUCACGUAACAUUUGUAUCUCUUCUUCAUUUAGAGCUUUUGCAUAGUGAAGAACUGUGAAGACUAAGUUGAUUGGCACUUAUUAUAACACUUCUUGUACGAACGUCAAGAGCUGCUUUUAUUGUCCAUCACAAUCUGAGCAUUGUCUUAAAAUGCUGUAACUUCGGUAGGCUAAUUACAACUAUUUUUUUCGAGAAACUAUAAGCAUACCAGUCUUAUCGUGAUAUAAAUUAUUUAUUAUAUGAA